UUCGUUGCGCGUCGUGAGUCUUCGGCUUGCGGUCUCGACGAGUCCCACGGCCGCCCGUUUAUUUUUCCCAAUCCCCGCCCGGCGUCUUGCCGUCCGCGCCCAACAAGUGGUGUAGAGCGUAGACGCUCGCUGGCGGCUCACACGACGUCUCGCGCUCGUACUUUGCACAACUUUCCGAGUCUUCGCGCGUGAGUUCGAAAUUUGAUCGCGUGUUUGAAACUUUUGCCGGUGUGUUUGGACAACAGUGGCGUGACGUAGGACUUCAGUGGCGUGUCGAGAGUCGGUGCGGUGUUCGUUGAGGGUAGCCUGGAGUCGAUGCACCUUCCGCACGCGAGCCCCCCGGCCCCCAGUAUGGCUGACGUGUAUUCCCACAUCCACGAGUACUACAGGCAGAGCCACGGCGAGCUGGUGCAGACUGGGUCGCCGGCGGUGCUGUGCUCUGCGCUGCCUGGACACUGGCGCUCAAACAAGUCCCUACCAGUGGCUUUCAAAGUGGUGGCUCUGGAUGAUGUGCAGGACGGCACUUUAGUGACAAUCAAGGCAGGGAAUGACGAGAAUGUGAUGGCGGAGCUGAGGAAUUGUACUGCUGUGAUGAAGAACCAAGUGGCCAAGUUCAAUGACUUGAGGUUCGUCGGUCGCAGUGGUCGCGGAAAGUCUUUUUCGCUGACGAUCACCAUCAGCACAUUCCCCAGCCAAGUCGCCACGUACAUCAAAGCCAUCAAAGUUACCGUUGAUGGACCCAGAGAACCCAGAACCAAACAAAAUUACGGCUACGGACAUCCUGGAGCCUUCAGUCCGUUCCUGCUAAACCCUGGAUGGCUGGACGCCGCUUACCUGAACUACGCCUGGGCGGAUUACUUCAGGCCGCCACAGAUGAGGGACUCCACUGCAGCACUAGUUAAAGGAGCGCCACCGCUAGCGACGCCGCCGGUGCUGCCUGGAGCGGAGCUAUUCCCAUUCCCACCAGCGAUGGCGAAUAUUCCUCCUGGUGGGUUAAUACCUCCACCAGGCGCAUUCCUGCCUGCGAAUGGAUUAUUGCCAUUCCCACCGCAUCCAGCUGAGUUGGCACUCAAAGGGAUACCACCUGAACUAUCACUUAAGAACGGCGUGAACCCAUACGAAGCUUUGAGGCAUUUGCAAAGCAACGUAUCUUCAAUGGACACAUCGAGCGCUCAUUUGUCGCCGACUAGCAGUAGGCAGAGCAGUCCACGUAGCAUGGCGAACGCGAGUCCAGACCGAUCGAAAGCCGAUUCGAAAUCAGAAGUCAAUUCGAUGCACGAAGCGACGAUUUCUGAUGAGUCUGAUGAGGAGCCCAUCGAGGUUGUGAAGUCUGCGUUCCAUCCCACGAGACCAGCUAAUGUGGAACUACAAGAGAUGAAGCGAGUGCAGGCUGCUGAUUCGACUGUCUCAGACCGGCCGCGGAUAAAGAACGAACUGAAAGCUCCUUCAACGAGAACCACUCGAGUCCUUUCAACUAGUCCAACGUCAACUAAAAUUAACAAUGGUGCGAUAUCAGGGCAAAAAACUGUGUGGCGGCCAUAUUGACAUUCAA